UAUUAAAACUCUAUCUUCCAACUUCGACAUGCAAACACUGUAGUCUGUAGAUCCCCCGUUAAAAGUUGAAUACAUAUAUUUUUCGUUUAUACAUGUACACGGAUUAAUAUUCGAACUCGAGGGAAAAAUCAUGAAGAAUGCAGAGCAGGGCAGGUCACUCUUUGGUCUAUCUCUUUCAGAAAGACCCAGAUGGCAACAAUUUCUCAUUUGUUCUUCUGGGUUUUUCUUUGGCUAUCUUGUUAAUGGUGUUUGUGAGGAAUAUGUGUAUAAUCGACUUCAAUUCAGUUAUGGAUGGUAUUUCACAUUUGUACAAGGGUGGGUUUAUCUUGCUCUUAUAUACUUGCAAGGGUUUACAAGUAAGCAAAUGGUGAAUCCGUGGAAGACUUAUGUAAAGCUGUCUGCUGUGCUUAUGGGUUCUCAUGGUCUUACUAAAGGCUCACUGGCUUUUCUUAACUACCCUGCGCAACUCAUGUUUAAAUCCACCAAGGUUCUUCCGGUGAUGAUAAUGGGGGCCUUUAUACCAGGGUUGAGGCGGAAAUACCCAUUUCAUGAAUACAUAUCAGCAUUACUUCUAGUAGCAGGACUGAUUCUUUUCACUUUAGCCGAUGCACAGUCUUCCCCCAAUUUCAGCAUCAUUGGUGUUAUAAUGGUGUCUGGCGCAUUAGUUAUGGAUGCUUUUCUAGGAAAUUUUCAAGAAGCUAUCUUUACCAUGAAUCCUGAAACCACACAGAUGGAAAUGCUUUUCUGCUCAACUGUAGUAGGUUUGCCUUUCCUCAUCCCCCCUAUGCUUUUAACCGGAGAAUUGUUCAAGGCAUGGACUUCCUGUUCUCAGCAUCCUUAUGUGUACGGCGUGUUGGUAUUUGAGGCCAUGGCUACCUUUAUUGGCCAAGUGUCUGUUCUUUCCCUCAUUGCCAUUUUUGGUGCUGCCACUACUGCUAUGAUAACUACAGCUAGAAAGGCGGUAACGUUACUGUUAUCAUAUAUGAUUUUUACAAAGCCCUUGACCGAACAACACGGAACUGGAUUGAUACUGAUAUCCAUGGGGAUCAUACUGAAGAUGCUGCCAUUGCAUGAUAAUGCUCCAACCAAGCAGUCUACAAGAUUACCUGCAGCUGCUAGGAUUGAGAAGUCUUCUUACAUUGAUGAAAGGAGAACUGUAGUUGAAACUGAAGAGGAAGAACAAAGACCAUUAGUCUAAUAUACUGGUCUGAACUAUAUUGAAUUUUCGGGUUAAUUUAGUUGCUCUCUGUUCUCAGAUGCAAGUUAAACAUAUAAUCAUGUAAAUACUCAGUUAAUGUUUUCUUAUUUAUUAAAGCUCUGCCACUUUUUAUUGUA